AUGCAUAAUCAGGUCGAGCUCCCAGAACUCUUCAAAAGCCGUGAACAGAGCAAAUGUCAAGUGAUAGCACCACAGAGAAUAUUCAUUCGAGGGCGUGCAGGAGUCGGCAAGACUACUUUGUCCAAGAAGAUUGUUUACGACUUUAUCCAUCACGACCCAUGGAAGGCCUUGUUCGACCGCAUACUUUGGGUACCCCUACGGCGUCUGAAAUCACUGCCCAAGGGAUUUCUAGAUCUUGAAGGACUAUUCCUGACAGAAUACUUUCCCGAUAAUCCAAAAGGGCGGGAUCUUGCUCAUGGACUCUGGGUUGCGUUGGCGGACGCCAAAUAUCGUAGAACGCUAUUUGUCCUUGAUGGCUUGGACGAAGUCUCAGAAGGGCUGGAUGAAAGCAACAACAUGUACCGUCUUCUCAGGAAGCUUUUGAAAAUGCCCCAUGCCAUCGUCACCUCCCGCCCACAUGGGUCACUUCCAAAUUGGCUCAAGGGUACUUUCGACCUCGAUUUGGAAGCGAUCGGGUUUUAUCCGGAGCAAGUGAAGGCUUAUGCUAGAAUGGCCUUCAAGCAUGAUGAAACAAAGCUUAACAACUUUCGCUCCUUCCUUCGAGACCAUUGGCUAAUCGAGGGACUUGUGCGGAUUCCAAUUGUGUUGGAUGCACUGUGCUUUACAUGGGACAAUGCUUGCCGUCAUAAGUCUAUACUGGAGACAAUGACCACCCUCUAUCGAGAGAUCGAAUUGAGGUUAUUGCAGAAGGACAUUUGCCGUUCACAGCAACUGCCUGAGUACGAAUGUCAAACAAUGAAUCGCCGCCGCGUUGAGAAGAAAAUGAAUAAGGAGAUCCGGCUCCUCGAAGCCCUCGCAUUCUCUGGGCUCUGCAACAACGUAUUGGAAUUUGACCAGAGGGAUCGGAAGAAAGUCUAUGAUGUUUUUGACCUCUCCGUGACAGAAUCCUCAAUUGAAGGGUCAUCUUUCCUGCGAACGUCUGAUUCAUCCUCAGGCACUCAUAACUUGAAUUAUCACUUCUUGCAUCUAACCUUCCAGGAAUAUUUCGCGGCACGGUAUUUUGUACGUCAAUGGAACAACAACGAGUAUCUCCGAUAUCCGACCCUUGGAUGCCACGAGGACGAGGACGCCAACGUUUCCACACCAGUUGAGUUUCUGGGGCAGCACAAGUACAUGACGUCCUACGAUAUAACAUGGCGCUUUGUGGCCGGCUUGUUAGAUAUUGAUGGACCUCAAGGGGCUGUCCGAUUUUUCGACGCCAUCGAGAAGCAACAGCCAAGUGACCUUACAAGUCCCAGUCACCAGGGGCUGAUCACACAUUGCCUGAGUGAAGUAUCGGCAAACUUUCCGCCUCGUCAGGAGCUGGAACAGCACGUAUCCGACUGGCUCUUACAGGAGUGCAAAGCUGGACAGAACGUACGCCUCGUAAGGGAAAUGGAAUGUCCCGAGCGAGUCCUGAACAGCGCCCUACAAAAGGCGAAUGACGAUGGAAGGGUAACCAUUCUACGCUCGCUAGAGAGACGUCCAAGUAUUCCGGUCAGCACUGUUGAGCUCGCGGCUCCUUGGCUCGGACAUGGUAUAAAUAGCCACCUCAAAGUAUGCAUCUGUAACAUGCUGAAGUCUACUGGCGAACACGUCCCAGACGGGCUGAAGGAGGUACCGAAACAGUUAGAAGACAACAACUGGGAAGUGGGAGAGGCCGCCGUUGAAGCUCUUACGAAACAAAGGAGACUGUCUGAUGACAUCCUCAAAGAAGUGGCAGCACGCUUAGGCCAUCAAGACUCAGACGUGAGGAGAGCCGCGACAUGCGUUCUGGACCACCAAUCAAGUCUGUCGGACAAUGUCCUUAAGAAGGUGGUGGACCUUUUAGAUCGCAAAAGCUGGGGUGUGAGACGCACUGCUAUUGAUACUCUUGUCAAACAACCAAGCUUGUCUGACAGGACCCUUAAGGAUGUGGCGGCACGGUUAGGUCAGAAAGGCUCGCACAGGAGAAGAGCUGCCAUAUACGUUUUGGAGCGCCAGUCCUGUUUGUCUAACGAUAUCAUUAAGACUGUAGUGGACCUGCUAGAUGAGGAAGCGCUGGAUGUGGAACAUUCUGCUACCAACGCUCUUCGGAGACAACGGAACCUGUCUGACAGCAUGAUUAAGGAUGUGUUUGCAUGGUUAAGCCACACGGACCUAAGACGCAGAGAGGCUGCUAUAUCCAUCCUGGCCUGGCAGUCCACGAUUUCUAGUGACGUCCUCGAGAUCGUACUGGAUUUAUUAGAUCACGCAGACGACCAUGUGAGGGACGCUGCUACUGAAACUUUGAUGGAGGCACGACUCUCCGACAAGAGCUUCGAAAAGAUGAUGGCACAUGUAUUCGAGAAAUUCCCACAUCUAAGAGACCCCACUUCGGAAGCGUCUCGCCAACAAACAACCUUCUCUGAUAACUUUCUCAAAUAUGUGGCGGCAUGGCCAGAUCGCCAAGUCUCGUGUGAGUCACAUACUCGGGGAGACCGUGUAUUGAGGGUUAUCUUGGAUACGAGGCUCGAACAGCUAGCUCUUGGUAACUAA